AUGCAAUCCUGGCAAUCCUCGCACCCGUCAACAGAGGGCAUUCUGGGAAACGCAGUCCUGUUUCAGAACGACUCCGUUUGGGAGUGUAACUUCACGGUGGAGGGGGAUGUGAACGGCGAGGCAUCGACAGGGGCGGGGGGAACGGGAUGGGAGGGGCACCCCAAAAACUGGGCGGCGCUGCUGAUCCUGACGGCCAUUGUUGUCACGGUAACGGGGAACCUCCUGGUGAUCCUGGCGGUGUCGCUGGAGAGGAAGUUACAGAACGCCACCAACUACUUCCUGAUGUCACUCGCCGCCGCAGACCUGCUGCUGGGAACACUGGUCAUGCCCAUCGCCAUGGUCAACAUACUAUACGACUACAGUUGGCCGCUCCCCAUGCCACUGUGUCCUGUGUGGAUCUUCCUGGAUGUUCUGCUGUCCACGGCGUCCAUCAUGCACCUGUGUGCCAUCUCAUUGGACCGCUACAUCGGGAUCCGGAACCCCAUACACCACAGCCGAUACAACUCCAGAACCAAGGCCCGGAUCAAGAUCGGAGCCACCUGGACCAUCUCUAUUGUCAUCUCGUCCCCUAUCCCGGUUCUGGGUCUGCAGGAUCUCUCCAAGGUGUUCCACUGUCGCAGCUGCAUGAUAACAGACAAGAGCUUUCGUCUGAUUGGCUCGUUCGUGGCCUUCUUCCUGCCUCUCACCAUCAUGCUGAUCACCUACUUCCUGACCAUCAGCACCCUGCAGAACGAGAUGUCAGCGACAGGGGGGCGCCACUUCUGGACCCUGGACCAGCUGGUUGUGCCCCGCCCCAAGUGGGCGUCGACCACCCUGGGGCUCCUCCCCUCCUCGAUCCCGCCGCGAGGCUCAGUGUGCUCAUCCGAGCGUCUGUUCCAUCAGCGCUCUCUCAGCGCAGGCUAUGGCGGUGCCGCGGUCGGUGGUUUGUUUGGGGGUCGGCGCAGCAUGCAGUCCAUAACCAAUGAGCAGCGGGCAUCUAAAGUGCUGGGCAUCGUAUUCUUCCUGUUUGUCGCCAUGUGGUGCCCAUUCUUCUUCACCAACGUACUGGAGGUGGUGUGUGACCCUGCAGUGUGCCCUCCACACCUGAUGGGGGUGCUCCUGGACGUGUUCGUGUGGGUGGGCUACCUGUCGUCGGCCGUCAACCCGCUGGUCUACACGCUGUUCAACAGGACGUACCGCGCCGCCUUCGCACGCUACGUGCGGUGCCGCUGCUGUCGAGAGGAGAGGAGGCGGCCGCUGCAGUUCAUACUGGUCAACACCAUACCACCCAUGGCAUACACACACAGCAGGGCAGCUGAAGCAGAGAACACACAUCUUUAG